AUGGCUUCUCAUUGUCACCCCAUAAACACAAGAGAUGCAGCAGUACUAGCAUUAUCAGAUGCUCAAUACGUGGCACCUCUGGUCCAAACUGGAGAUUUCCUCAGUUCACCAGACACAUCACCAAGGACAUUCUUCUACGUGUUCGAUUACCAGACGAAGGAUGGGGAUUAUCCGCAGAGGAUGGGGUCAGUUCACGGUGAAGAGCUCCCAUACUUAUUCGGGGCACCAUUAGUUGAUGGGCUCGGCCAUUUUCCGAGAAACUACACGAAGUCUGAAGUGGCUUUGUCAGAGGCAUUCAUACUUUAUAUGGCUAAUUUUGCGAGGACCGGGUGA